GGUGACACUUACUCCAGAGAACUCAUUGGCGCCAGUGACUCCUCCUCAGAGUACGGAAUUUGAAGUGGAUCAGACGAAGAAGCACAGGUUCUCGGGAGUGUCUUCUGAUCCAAGCGGCAGAUGGGAAGCCUACCUCUACAACUCCAGGCGAAAAAUAUAUCUUGGAAAUUGGGACGACGAGAAGGACGCAGCAAGGGCUCAUGACAGAGCUGCGAUUUCAAUUUUUGGGAGGCAAUGCACAACAAUCAACCUCCCCCUUUCAGAAUAUGGGGACGAGGUUCCAGUUUUGGAGAUGCUACCAGCUGAGCAAGUCAUUUUCUCUCUCAGGGCGGAGGCGAAGCACAGGCGCAGACUUAGCAAGCUUGCUAACAAGAAGGAAUCACCUCGAGGGAACCAGAAUGGUUUGCAUGCAACUUGUGCGGUUAAUGGUAAGUCACCAUCUGUCAAUGGAGGUUCUCCAUGGCACUUCCUUCCAUGUGACAAUGGGAGUAACUCAAGCUUCAUUUUCAACUCGAGCAUUCCGUCCUUCAAGCUGCCAGGAACUCAACUGCAAGCAGUCGACAGUGCUGGUCACCAGGCGCAAACACCCUCAGUGCAGCUGCAAAAGGGGUCACGUGUCCUUGUUGCCCCUCCGCAGCCUCUCCUUGUUGGGACAGAAGGCAAGGCCACACCGCGCCAUGCGAAGAAGAGGCGCAUGCAGAAUGGGCUGCACGAUAUGGGGAGUCUGCACAUGCCACAUGAGUCCUACAUGGAGGGCUGUGAAGUGCAAGAGAAACAUAAUGUCAGAGACGGUUCUGUUUUAGCCUGCUUUUCUGGGAGUAUGGUACACCCAAGGUUGAUUCAGCAGCAUGCCCUGAUUUACAGGCCAACUGCUCACUUGGCAACAUCACAACCAGGGCUUUGGGCAUUGGACGACAAGGCAUUGAAGUGCCAUGGCGCAACACAUGUUCCU